UGGUUAACAUAGCAGGCCUUGUUAGUAUACAGUUAAUGCGUUGUGUAAGGUUAACUUGUUCUCCGAAAUAAGUUGUCCGAAUAACGCGUUAAUUUGUGUAAAUUAUUACCCAAAUGUUACAACUGCCGUGACGGUAAUUGCUGGGUGAUUGUUAUCUCUUACUGUUAAAACUCCGAGCAUUUCAAGGAAGGGUGUGGUGCAGUAGUGGAAUCCCCGUUUUUGGUCUCUUCGUUAUCCACUAUCGGACGAAAAGAUAUUGCUAUUCCAUUCCAUUCUUAUCGACUCCUAGACAGAUCCGUCAAAACAAUGGAAGAGAUGUAAUGGGGGUUUGUUUAUGUCGGCAGCUCUCAACCAUUAAAUUGACAAAAAUGGCUGAAGCCCAUAAUCCAGUAAGCUGCAACUGUGCAACCAAACCUUCUUCAUCUUCAGCAAUUUGUGCUACUUGCCAUCCAUUACUGAGCCAAGUUUCUGAAAAUACUGAGACAUCUCCAAGUCAAGGGGCUGUCCCACGUGAAAGUGUACCAAGAAGAACAUUUCGUAAUCUUUCUCUAGGGUGCAGAAAAUCCUCAAAAUCUAAAGAAAAAACUGAAAAAUCUAGCAAAUCCAAGCUUUCGUGGACUCUAAGUUGGAGGCUGAAGUCUCCAACAUCUCUUAAAGUAGAAGCUAGUGCACCACAGGAGCCUAUGAUUGAUCUUGCAAGAUUCAAUCCAUCUGAUUAUCCAGUUGAAGAUAAAGAUGAAGUUGCCAGGAUAGCAAGAGCAAGAGAAAUAGCUGAAGGCAUAGAAAUGGAAAUUGAGUCUCUACCAUCUUGCUACCGUCUACAGAGUGAUGAUACUGAAGAGAAUACUGUAGCAAAUCCUCAAGCUGAAAUGCCACCAGCUGAGUCAACUGUUGUAGAACCCCAGUUGGAAAGCAGGGUUACAGCUGCUCCCCAGCCGAAUCUGAGUGCUUCGCUGAUAGAAGGACUAACCGUUUUGCUCCACAGAUCCCUUGCGAUUAGUAUGGAUUCUCAACGAGCAUGGAAUGUCUUGACGCACGGAGAUUUACACUUCCUUGUUCAACACUUUCAUUGGCAUCAGCAUCAACAUGGACCUCAAGGCAUGUUUACUUUGACGCCAAGAAACGGAGAUACUUCAUCUUCAAAUAUCGCAACUGUUGAAUUAGAAGUGGAUGCACAAGGAACAGAGUUCCUAAGACAAGCUCAUACCCAAGUGGAUUAUCUUCAUUGUUUAGUCCCUGAUUUGCUGGAUAUAACAAAGUGCUCUUUUUAUUGGGGAAAAAUGGAUCGUUAUGAAGCCGAGAGAUUACUGGAGAAUCGAGCUGAUGGAACAUUUUUGCUGCGGGAUUCUGCACAAGAAGAAUACCUUUUCAGUGUUAGUUUUCGCCGAUAUAACCGAUCGUUGCAUGCGCGAAUAGAACAGUGGAAUCACAGGUUUAGUUUCGAUUCCCAUGAUCCAGGAGUAUACAGUUCACCCACUAUCCUUGGCCUGAUUGAUCAUUAUAAAAAUCCCGAACUGUGUAUGUUUUUCGAACCGACACUGACGCUACCCCUACACCGUAAUUCGCCGUUCACGCUGCAACAUCUCAGCAGGGCAGUUAUCUGCAGCAAUAUCACUUACGAUGGCGUAAAUGAACUUAAUCUACCCAAAGCUCUGAAACUUUAUUUAAAAGAAUAUCAUUAUAAGCAAAGAAUUAGGGUUCGUCGUCUUGAUGGGUAAAAACAAUUUCAGUAAUUCUCGCUCUUAUCAUCUAAGGGUUCAUGGCGGUUAAUUACAUUGUCUUCCUUUUAUUUUAGGCAUCGUAUUUUUGUUUUGUUUAUCAACGCGUUUCUUGUUAAGAUCGAAACUGAUUUUAACCUAUUACAUGACUAUCAGUAUCUUUACGUAUUGAAAUGUAUUAGACUUUUUUGUGUUUGAUGCAUCAAUUUAUAUACUGUGCAACAUAUUUACGCUUUAAGAACGUAUUGGUGACUGUAUGCAUUUUGUACAUAGGGAUUGUUAAAAGAGUGUACAAAAAAAAAUUGAUCUUUAUGGUUUAGAUGGUUUGUUUUUAUAUUGCUUACAUGUACUUAAUCUUACUUUCUACAUAUUAAUACAAAGCGGAAAUUCCUUAA